AUGUUGAAAGCAGCACGAUUUCCAAAUCUUACGCAUGCGGAGUUGAUAUUUAUCACUCAAUGCGGUCCCGCAUUUGCACACAAUCCAGGACCCGAGGACGAAGAGUUUCGAUUCACUGUAUUGUCGACCUUUUAUGCUGGCUUAGUGGAUGCCGAAAAAUUGUUCCAUCUCAGCAUCAAGAACCUUCAGAACAUCACACCCAAGGCGUUGAUGGGGAAAGCAUCCACUGUUGAAGAAGUAGCUUUCAAGCAAAAUUUCGAGACUGUGAUGAAGAGGAUAAAACAGUUGGGAUUGGGCAUCACGGUUGAGGAUUGGGACGCUGCGCCAGACAAUACACUGCGCCAGCCUGAAGUCCAUGAUUUCUUUGCAUUUGAGUUGCAAGAGUAUUGGUUAGGACCUAUUGCGGCGCAGCUCGAGUACCUGAAAAUCUACGGCAACGAAGAGGUAUACUGGGGUUUCUAUCCCGCCGGCAACUUACCACAUUUUCCCGCCUUGCGAACCUUGAUAUUGGGUGAUUAUAGUUUCACCAGCGAGAAACAGGUGGAGUGGAUAUUGUCGCAUGCAGGCACACUGGAAGAACUGAUCUUGGAUGAUGCCAUGAUAGGCGUGGCAGUCACCAUCGCAGAAACCCACGUCGAUAUUCCUAGCCGUACAAUCGUGUACGAGAAAGACUAUUCCUCAGAUCCGCCUGGCUAUCAACCUAAAUGGCGCGGUCGUACACUCGUGUCGCAAGUCUGGAAGGAUCCUACGCGAUGGCACAAUCUGUUUAGCCGUUUUGCGGAAAGAUUGCCGAACUUGAAGCAUUUCGCCUUCAAUCAUAGUCAUUGGGAUGAGCAGGCUUACGAGCAUGCGGAUGCGUUGUGCAGCGCUGUCAGGUUAGAGCGAUAUGGUGCGUUCAGUGAGUGCGAAUGGAAUUCCUUUAGAGAUUACGAUGCCGAAGAAUUUGACUGGACAGACUGGAGAGACUGGAGACAGGAGGGGGAUGAGGUCAUUAAAUUCCAGGUGGAGGAACCAGGCUGCGAUGAAGAGGAUUGGCAAGCGUUGAAUAAGUUUUUGACCGACUUGAAGCGAAGAAGAUAG